GCACCUUUAUAUCAGUAAUUAAAAACAUGGCCAAAGUCAGAGGUAGAAGAGCUGAGAAGAAAAGUGUCGAGGAAAACGAUCCUGAGGCCGUCAAGGCCGCCUCUUUGAAGCAGUUUGCCGGGGAGUCCGCGACAAAAACCAAAGAACCAACUGGCGAUGAGGAGCAAAUGGGUGCCGAUGAUGCCACCUCUGCCGCCACUGAGGGCAAUACCAACGGUCCAAACACCUUUUUCGGGCUUGUUGAUGCCAAUGAGAUCGACUACUUCAAGCAGGCCGAGGCCACGCUCAACAUCGAUGCGUUUGACAGUCCUGAAGAAAGAGAAGGAUUCAUCAGAUCGGUGUUGGAAGAAGCUCGUGGUAAGGAAUUAAAGCUCGUGACCAACCAGAUCUGUUCCAAGUUGAUGGAACGGUUGGUGUUGAGUGCCACCGAUAGACAGGUGAAGAACCUUUACCGGGCAUUCUCGGGCCAUUUCAUGGCCUUGGCCCACCACAAGUAUGCCUCGCAUGUUCUUGAGACCUUGUUGGUCCGUGCCACUGCCUUGAUUGAAAAGGAGCUCAUUGGAGGUGAAGAGCUUGUUGAGGCUGCUGCUGAGGAUGAAGAACAAGAAGAGGAAAACUCUGGCUCUACAGACUUUGUUUCUAUGGAGGUUCUUUUCCAACAAAUGCUUGCCGAGUUCAGACCUCAUCUUUUCUCAAUGAUUGACCAUCAAUAUUCUUCCCAUACACUUAGACUUGUCAUUUUGAUUCUUGCUGGGAAGGAAUUACCUUCAACCACCACUGCCAAUUCCACAUUACGGUCCAAAAGAUCGAAAAUUGCCCGUAAAAUGAUCGAGAUUAAGGACACUGAUGUGUUCAAUAGAGCGUUCCAAACACCUCCAUCGUUCAAGAAUGAGUUGAAAACACUUAUUCAUGCCCUUGAUACCAUCAGUGAUAUGAAACGUAUGAGAGAACUUGCCAUCCAUAAGAUUGCCUCGCCAGUGCUCCAAUUGAUCAUUCAAGUUGAAGGACUUGUUGACAAGGAAAGAACCUUCUGGCAUAAGAUUUUCUGUGGAAUCAAGGAGGAGAAAAACUCUCAAGAAGAGGCAUUCAUGGAAUACUUACUUUCUGAUCCAGUGGGGUCUCAUUUCUUGGAAUCCACCAUCAAGAAUGGGGGCGCCAGAAUGCAGUACGUUGAAAGACUCUACCGUCUCUACAUGAAGGAUCGGGUGUUGAAAUUGGCCAAGAGAGCCACCACCGGGGUUUACAUCAUUCAGAUUCUUCUCACCAAGUUGAAACCCGUUGAAGUCGAAUAUAUCUUGGACCAAUUGAUCCCGGAGUUAUCGAACCUUAUUUCCGUCUCCGAGAACCAAAACUUGGACUUGGGGAAGUCUAUCAUUGACGCCUCCUUGGUCCGUGGUAACUACAGACGUGAAGAGAUCAUUUCGCAACUUUUCUUGAAGUUUGCCCCCAACUACAACCGUGAAAACCCCACAGACUCAUCGACUGAAUUCUUGGAAAACACCCUUCAAUUGACCGGCUCCACCUUGGGGAACAAGAGAGACGAUUGGCCCACUGCAGAAGAAAGAAGAAGAUCUCUUUUCUUGGAGAAAUUGAUGGAGUAUGACUUUUCGUUUGUUAUUUGUGUAUGGUUCAACUUUAUGGCUUUACCACAACAAAGAUUCAUUCAAAUGUGUUUCCACGGAGUGUUCUCCCACGUGGUGGAAAGCUCACUUGUUGUGCUCCCCAUGAAGAUUGGUGGUGAACCUAAAAAUGUUCUUAUCAUCAGAAAGAGAUUCUUGAACAUUUUCCAAGGAGAGAUUGCCAACAUGGCCUGCAAUUCAUAUGGUUCGCAUGUGGUUGACAAGUUAUGGGACUUCACGGUCUUGCUCAACAUUUACAAAGACAGAAUUGCCAGUGAAUUGAUGAAAGAACUGAAAAAGGUCAAGGAAAGUACCUAUGGUAAGAUGGUUUGGAAGAACUGGUCCAUGGAGUUAUUUGCCAGAAAGAAGUACGAUUGGAAGAGUUUGGUUAAGCAACAGGGAGAGGAAUACUAUGCUGGGGAAGUUGACCAUGAUGCUGAGGUUGAAAGGGUCAAGAAGCCAAUUGAAAUCAAGAUGGAACAAAUGGCCAAGCAAAGACAAUUGCAAGAAGAAAAGAGUAGACAAGCUGAAGAAGGGUUCUUGAAGAGGAAAAUCGGAGGAAGAGAAGAAAAAUAUGACGUUGAAAGCAACAAAAAGCAAAAGAUUAGAGGUCGUAACAGAUUAUAAAUAGAUGUAUAAUAGAAUAAAAGAAGUUGCA